AUGCAAACGGCUACCAACGGCUCGCCCUUUCCUGCCAUGGUCACCCGGCCCACCUUGCCACUGGGACGAGCCGGGGGUUGCAUCCCCGCGGAACUGCCCGUGCUCCCGACAGAACUGUGGGUUGGUGAAGAACUCCGUACAGACCACCUCCUCGACGCCAAAGUAGAUGAACCAGUGCACUGGCUCCCAGACAGCGCGCCCCGUGACGUCCUUCAAGGAGUACCUAGGACGUGCACCAUGAAAUCUGACCAGCUGCGGACGCCUGCCAGGCGGUUGAUCAUGUACAGGGACGUAGGGAGAAUGUGGCGCUCUGGCAACAUGGACGCGUACAGCUGCAACACGGACUCCAGUUCGCCACGGGGCGGGCGCCUCAGCGACCAGUUCCCAGGGGUCCUGGGUGCCCACCAACUCAAUUAUGUCGUCAAUCGAGGGGCCCUCGGGACAUACUUGCUCUGCGUCGGAAUCACUUUACUUCCAACGCCAUUCCACCCGCAGUACAAACACACGUCCAAGAACACGCGCAGCUUCCACUCCGUCAAGGAAGUCCGUGAAAGCACGCUCGGGCGCCACAUGAUCGAAGUCUUUGGCGAGCCCGUGGAGACUGAGCACAUUUGCUACAUGAACAACCUGCCGGUUGCUAGGGUGAUGCGAGAUGGCGCUGGCGAGACAAUGCGGGCACGUACCGACGCCGAGGCGCUGAAUCCAUCAAGGUGCGACCUGGUGGAGCGCCUCACGUCCUCGGCGCAGGCUUCAGUACCGGAGGUGUUUGGGAGUGACACCUUCACCGACAGCGGUGGUGUUGGUGCCCGUCGUGUGUACCACGGCAGCUGCCAGCUGGCUUGCGACAUGCUGGUGGGCAGCAGGCACUCCCGCUCCUGCUCCCACGAGGAUUACCCGCUCCAGGCCCCGAGCAUUAUCGUUGUAGCGCGGGGGCGGAAAAUAGUGUGGGUUGCACCGGGGUCGUUUUCCCAGCUGCUCCGCAGCCCUGCCUGCUCCAUGAGGCAAGGGAAGCUGCUGCUGGACUCAAUGUACAACGUCACACCCUCAUCCCUGGAGGACCUCGUGAAAGAGUUUGGGGGGGCCAUCUAUGAGUUAGGCCCUGGUGAUGGCGCCGUUGUCCCGCCUGGAUGUGUCCAUGCAGCCUAUAACACUGAGCCGUGCUUGUCCAUUAACUGGACGGUCUGCAGCCAGGACCAGUGGGCUGCAUGCUUAACCACGACCAGCCUGACGUGCCUGCAAACGCGCAAGUAUGGCUUCAGGGCCCUGGCCAGGGAAAGGCUACCGCAAGGCUCUGACACUGACAUCGAGGCGCUUGCUGCAGACCUGGAGCAGAAGGCGGAGUCCGUGGCGGGAAGCACCGAUUCGGUCCUGGGAUGCCACCACUUCGACCGGGGCUUCACGUCCUGGAUAGGACACCGGCUGGCCUCGGACAUGUCCAUCGUGGCUGCACAAAAGAGAGGUUACAUGGCUGCCUCUUCAAGGGUUGCAAUGGUGGUUGCCCUCCUCCGGGGAGACGUUCCUGGCCUGGACGGUCUCCUCGUGACAGGGCCCAGUGCCAAAUGGCGGAAGGGAAUGCUGGCCCUCGCGGGGGUCAGUGCAAAGAAGCGGACCCAUGGAAGCUGA